AUUUUAUUUAAACACUUUUAAUUUCAUUACCAAAAUAUGGAAAUUUCUUCACAAAUCAAUUGCCAUAUUGUAGCUAUGCCUUAUCCAGGAAGAGGCCAUAUAAAUCCUAUGAUUAAUUUCUGUAAAAUCAUAGUCACUAAAUAUCCCAACAUAUUCAUCACUUUCAUUGUCACUGAAGAGUGGUAUAGCUUAAUCAGUUCAGAAAAUUUACCAGAAAACAUAAAAUACGCCACCAUCCCUAACGUCAUUCCUUCGGAAUUUGGCAGGGCUAAAGAUUUUGUUGGAUUUGUCAAAGCUACUCUAACUAAAAUGGAAGGUCCGGUUGAGAAAUUGAUUGAUGAACUGAUGAUGAAACCAAGUGUUAUAGUGUACGAUACGUAUUUAAGUUGGGUCGUCGGAUUGGGGAAUCGGAGGAAUAUUCCGGUGGCUUCUUUUUUUACUAUGUCGGCGACUAUGUUCUCCAUUGGUUAUCACAUGGAUCUUCUUGCUCAGAAUGCGCAUCUUAGAGGCAAUUUAUCAGGAAAAAUGCAUGAGCAAGUUGACUAUAUACCUGGAAUUCCUUCGAUUCGCGUUUUAGAUCUUCCUACAUCAUCUUAUGAUGGAAAGGGGCAAGAAUUAUUGGAUAUUACUAUGGAUGUCUUCUCUACAGUUUCUAAAGCACAAUAUCUUUUGUUCACUUCAGUCUACGAGCUCGAAUCUUCUGUUAUCAAUGCUCUUAAGCAAAAGUUCCCGAUCCCUGUCUAUUCGAUUGGUCCAGCAAUACCUUACUUUACUAGCGAAAAAAAUCCCUCCUCAACUACUUCAAUCGAUGAACCAGAGUACAUUAAGUGGUUAAAUGCUCAACCAAAGGGUUCUGUUUUGUACAUUUCGCAAGGGAGCUUUCUCUCUGUCUCGCGUGAUGAACUUGAUGAGAUCAUAGCUGGUGUGCACGAUAGUGGUGUUCGAUUCUUUUGGGUGGCACGUGAUGAAACUGUUCGAUUUCAGAAAUAUGGAUGUAGUGUAGGGCUUGUUGUGCCCUGGUGUGACCAAUUGAAGGUGUUGUCACAUCCUUCGAUUGGUGGUUUUUGGUCACAUUGUGGAUGGAAUUCGACUAAAGAAGCUGCAUUCUCAGGCCUUCCGAUGCUGACUUUUCCGAUAAUUUGGGAUCAAAAAACUAACAGUAAGCAAAUUGUUGAAGAUUGGAAAAUUGGUUACAGGGUGAAAAAACAUGACCAAUGUUCGAUAACGAGGGAAGAGAUCUCUAGCUUGUUGAAAUGGUUUAUGGAUUCUGGAAAUGAGGAAGUGAUGGAAACUAGGCGAAGAGCGGAAGAAAUACAGAAAAUCUGCCAGUUUUCCAAUGCAAAUGGAGGAUCCUCUGAAAUUAACAUUGAUGCUUUCAUUAAGGAUGUUUUGUUCCAUAAAUAUAGUUGAUGGCAUGUUGCUCAGACUCUUUAAAAAUUUCAACUCGUGUUG